AUGAGGCCGCCUGACUCAGCUGGCUGUGGCCCGCUCGAAACAGGGGGGUGGCAGGCCGGCACAGGCGUUGCGGAUUCGCCGUUUCAUGCAGCCGCCGAGCCGCCCCCAGAGACCCACGCCGCUGCGCCACCGGCGGACGCGGUGCAGCCGUCGCCGCAGCCCGCCCGGCAGGGCCCGCCCUCGUCGUCGUCCGGCGGGGCCCACCGCGCAGCUUUCCUCCCGCUGCGGCCCCGUCACCAGCGGUGGCUGCGGCCGCUGCGGUCCUCCCUCAAGGUGCGCUUCCAAAAAGCGGCCAAAGGCGGCGGCGGGGACGGCUCCAGCGACGAUUUGCCGCCCGACGACGAGCCACAGCUGACCAGUGACGACAGCAGCUUCAGCAGCAGCCGGGCCACCGCCGCCGCCGUCGCCGCCGCCGCGCUGCGCGCCGCGCGGCAGCGCGACGGCCGGCAGCCGCAGCAGCAUCAGCCGCAGCAGCCCCGCGCAGCAGCGCGACGGCCGCGCGCCGAGCCCGGCGCCGCGCGGGCGGGCGGCGCCUGCAUGUCCAAGGUGGUCAGCUGCAGGGCCCUUUUAGUGGACAGCAUCUGUGCCAAUGCAGCAGAUCUCAAGGCACUAGCCAACACCGCCACCGCGUUCAAGCAGCUCUGCCACCGCUUGGUCGGCCCCAGCCAGGCCGCCGCCCUCGCACUCCGCGCCGCGCACGCGCGGCAGGGCGACGCCGCGUGGCAGACGCGCGCGCGGCUGCUGCAGGCGGGGACGGCGGCGCAGGACGCCGUCGCGUGCGCGCUCGGGCUGGUGGCGCACUAUGGGCACCCGGGGAAGUUCGAGGCGCUCAUGCACUCGACGUUCAAGAGGGGGAUCAUUAGCGCAAAAUUCGAGGACGUGCGGCGGCAGAUGGAAGCUGCCAGCCAGCUGCUCUGGAACGGGAAGAGCCUCGGGCUGGAGGACGGGCGGGCACUGGCGUCGAUGGCGGAGGAAGCGGUGGUGUCUGAUGACGGAAGCGAUGGCUACGGGGGCAGCUGCAGCGGGUCCGAUGGAGAGGAUGUGGCCGAGUGCAGGCGUGCGUGCGACGAGGCCGCGGCCGCGUCGUCGCCGACGGCGCCGACGGUGGUUGAGGCGCGGCGGCGGGAGCGCGCUGCGGCCGCGGCGGGGGCCCUGGACGCGGCGGCGCCCGCGCAGAGCCGCAGCGCGCAGCGGCUGGCGGCCUCGGGUGGCAGACAGGCCAAGUUGCACACGCAGCAGCCGGUGCCUCCGCAGUCGCAGCCGCUGCCGUUGGCGCUGGCGGCGCACCCGCAGCUGCCGCCAUUGCUGGAGGAGCCAGGGCAGCAGCGGCAGCAGCAGCAGCAGCAGCAGCAGCAGCAGCAGCAGAAGGACCAGCGGCAGCGGUUUAUCAAAGAGGAGCAGUCCACAGAGCUGUUCAGCUCCCAUUGGGUCAUAGAAUUUGAGGAUCUUGAUCUGGGCAAGAUGGUCGGGGAGGGCAGCUUUGGCCAGGUGUACUACGGCCAUUGGAAUGGCACAGAGGUGGCAAUCAAGAACUUGAAGCCUGUCGGCGUGCAGGGGGGCGCCGAAACAUCGCUUAACACCUGGAACAAGCGCAUGCUGUCAGACCUGUCAAAAGAGGUGAACAUCCUGGCGCGGAUGCGUCACCCGCACGUCGUGCUGUUCAUGGGCGUCACCCUGGCGCCCCCCUGCAUCGUCACAGAGUACUGCGCCAGGGGCUCUCUGUACAACGUGCUGUUGCGGGCUCGGCGGGAUGCUGCUUUUGGCGCUCAGAUCACCUGGCUGCGGCGCCUGAACAUGGCCCUCGAUGCUGGUGGGCGUUCAAACCUGCUGUGUGCCUUGUGA